AUGGACCGUGCAUAUUGGACUUUCCUUAUGGAAUUCAAAUCUGGUUGUAACAUCACGUCAGAUAGCGAAGACGAGGAGGAAGUCGACAAUAAUGACAAGGAUGAAGCAACAGCAUACUAUAUGAUAAUAGGCGAGGAGACUGAACAGGAUUACCCUUCUACUAUUGCUUCUCAAUUUGUGAUAGACCGACAUGAUAGUGAGAUUUUCCAUGGAAUCUUACCUGACAUAGGAGCAGCGAGAGUAUCAACGGUUAGAAGACGUCAACUCACCACUUUACAAAAGAUCUAUCUAGGGAUCAUGGUUGACGAAUCUCGUGCAGGAGAGCACUCAAUUCAAUUUGGUCAAGGGGAUAGCGUCGACUCUGAGGGAGCUGCUACUAUCAAGACCCCAAUUGGCGAUGUCGAUUUCCAUGUUAUGAAUACACCGACCCUAUUUUUACUUUGCAUUGCUGAUAUAGAUCGCUAUGAAGCUUAUCUUGACAACACCACCAACUGCUUAGUUAAGGGAGAUUUGAGAGUGCUAAUUGUCUGGAAAUGA